AUGGGUGUAAAUGAGGCCAAUGCGGAGCUAACUGCCGUGGUUCAGGUGAGAGAGAAUGGUGGCUCAGACCAGGGCAGAAGCAGCGAACACGUGGAGGGUGUCAGGUUCGGGACGUAUUUUAAGGACAGCCAGAAUUUCCGCUUAGUGGAAGCUGCCCAGAAGUUAAACCUGUCAUCCAAGAAGAAGAAACACCGGCCCUCGACGCCGUCUGCUGCGGAGGCUCCCCUCUUUGCUACCAGCUUCAGUGGGGUCCUGCAGACCUCGCCUCCCCCGGCCCCACCCUGUCUCCUGAGGGCCGUCAACAAGGUGAAGGACACUCCUGGCAUGGGCAAGACUCUGGUGCCCAGCCCGCAGCAGCCAGUCGCCAGUGCCCUAGAGAAUCCCAUGGACCUGGAGAAAAGAAGUCUGGACUCCGAGCUGCUUCCCAAGCCACAGGUCCUAAGGGCAGUUGUGUGGUGGCUGUAUCCUACUAGCCUGAGGGGACACCUGGCUGUCAGCAACCAGUGUGAAUUCUUCAAAUUCACCACUGACCUCUUCAGUGGGAACAUCCUGUCCGCUGCUGACUCAGAGUUUCUGCAGACCAGAGAGGAAAGAGGCCUCCUGGGAUUGGCUGUCGAGAAGCAGCUCAGGGGUCCUUGCUCCUCUUGCCUCCUCCCAUUGUGUGCUCCGGGAGGGUCUGGUCCCCUCAGCACAGCCUUCAACCCACAGGUGAAAGUCAUGCUCCGUAUCUGUCCCACAUCUGCUCGAGAUACCUCAGAAUCCAGCUCUUUCCUGAAGGUGGAUCCACGGAAGAAGCAGAUCACCUUGUAUGACCCCCUGACCUGUGGAGGCCAAAAUGCCUUCCAGAAAAGAAGCAACCAGGUUCCUCCGAAGAUGUUUGCCUUUGAUGCGGUUUUCCCACAAGAUGCUUCUCAGGCUGAAGUAUGUGCCGGAACAGUGGCUGAGGUGAUCCAGUCGGUGGUGAAUGGGGCAGAUGGCUGUGUGUUCUGUUUUGGCCACGCCAAGCUGGGGAAAUCCUACACCAUGAUUGGAAGGGACGACUCGAUGCAAAACCUGGGCAUCAUUCCAUGUGCUAUUUCUUGGCUCUUCAAGCUCAUCAAUGAGCGCAAAGAAAAGACUGGGGCCCGAUUCUCAGUCCGGAUCUCAGCUGUUGAGGUGUGGGGCAAAGAGGAGAACCUUCGGGACCUGCUGUCCGAGGUGGCCACAGGCAGCCUCCAGGACGGACAGUCUCCAGGCGUGUACCUCUGUGAGGACCCCAUCUGUGGCACACAGCUGCAGAACCAGAGCGAGCUGCGGGCCCCCACCGCAGAGAAGGCGGCCUUCUUCCUGGAUGCUGCCAUUGCCUCGCGACGGAGCAACCAACAGGACUGCGAUGAAGAUGACCACCGGAACUCCCACAUGCUCUUCACCCUGCACAUCUACCAGUACCGGAUGGAGAAGAGUGGGAAGGGCGGAAUGUCUGGAGGUCGCAGCCGCCUGCAUCUCAUCGAUCUGGGCAGCUGUGUGAAAGCACUCAGCAAAAACCGAGAAGGAGGCUCGGGGCUGUGCCUCUCGCUGUCUGCCCUGGGCAACGUCAUCCUGGCUCUUGUCAAUGGCAGCAAACACAUCCCGUACAAGGAGAGCAAGCUCACCAUGCUCCUGAGGGAGUCUCUGGGGAACGUGAACUGUCGCACCACCAUGAUCGCACACAUCUCGGCCGCAGCCGGCAGCUACACAGAGACCCUGUCCACCAUCCAGAUUGCAUCAAGGGUCUUGAGGAUGAAGAAGAAGAAGACUAAGUAUACAUCGAGUUCCUCGGGGGGAGAAAGCUCCUGUGAGGAGGGCAGAAUGCGCAGGCCUACCCAGCUGAGACCCUUCCAUGCCCGGGCUUCGGUGGAUCCCGAAUUCCCCCUCGCCCCGCUGUCCAGUGACCCUGACUACUCCUCCAGCAGCGAGCAGUCCUGCGACACCGUCAUCUACAUCGGGCCCAAUGGCACGGCCCUGUCUGACAAGGAGCUUACUGACAACGAGGGCCCCCCAGACUUUGUGCCCAUCGUGCCGGCCCUACAGAAGACUAGGGGUGACAGCCGCCCUGUGGAGGCAACAGAAGCUGCAGCCAACAAGUCGGAAAGAGACUGUCUGAAGUGCAAUACCUUUGCCGAGCUGCAAGAAAGACUAGAUUGCAUUGACGGCAGCGAAGAACCCAACAAGUUUCCUUUCGAAGAGCUGCCCAUCCGGUUCGGGCCAGAGCAGGCAGGUAGAUGUGUUUCCUUAAGCCAAGCGGCAGGGCCAGAUACACUCUCUGAGUCUGAUAAAGAAGAUAACGGGUCAGACAAUGGCCAGCUGACCACCGACAGAGAAAGCACGGAGCUUCCAGCCUCCAAGGUGCAGCAGAGACGGUCCCCUGUGCCUACUGUGACACGGAGCAGCAGCCCUAGUCCUGCCUCACCUCGGAGCAUCCCGGGCAGCAGUAGCCAGCACAGCACCUCCCAGCUCACACAGAGUCCCAGUCUCCAGAGCAGCCGGGAGAGUCUGAACUCAUGUGGCUUUGUGGAGGGCAAGCCCAGACCCCUGGGCUCCCCACGGCUAGGCGUUGCCAGCCUGUCCAAGACCUCAGAGUACAAACCCCCCAGCUCUCCCUCCCAGAGAUGCAAAGUCUACACCCAGAAGGGGGUCCUGCCUUCCUCUGCCCCACCACCUUCCCUGAGCAAGGACUCUGGCAUGGCCUCCAGCGAGUCCUUGCUUCAGCCUGACGUCCGUACUCCCCCGGUUGGAAUGAGUCCCCAGGUUUUGAAGAAGUCCAUGUCUGCUGGGAGUGAAGGGUUUUCGGGAACCCUGGUUGAAGAUGGGCACCAGGAAGGUCCUCCUGCAGACUCCAAGAAGGAGAUUCUGAGCACCACGAUGGUGACCGUGCAGCAGCCACUGGAACUGAAUGGGGAGGAUGAGCUGGUGUUUACACUGGUGGAGGAGCUGACUAUCAGUGGGGUGCUUGACAGUGGCCGCCCCACCAGCAUCAUCAGCUUCAACAGCGACUGCUCCGUUCAGGCCCUGGCCUCAGGCUCCCGGCCCGUCAGCAUCAUCAGCAGCAUCAGUGAAGACCUGGAAUGUUACUCCAGCAUGGCCCCCGUCUCGGAGGUGAGCAUCACGCAGUUCCUGCCGCUCCCCAAGCUGGGCCUGGAUGAGAAGACGCGGGAAGCAGGCAGCCGGCGUUCUUCCAUCAGUUCCUGGCUAAGUGAGAUGAGCACGGGCAGUGAUGGGGAGCAGUCUUGCCACAGCUUCAUAGCGCAGACGUGCUUCGGGCAUGGGGAAGCCAUGGCAGAACCCCCAGCUGCAGAGUUCGUCAACACCAUCCAGAACACUGCUGUGGUAUGCAGAGAGAAGCCAGAGGUGGGCCCUGACAAUCUACUCAUCUUGUCUGAGACGGGAGAAGAAUCUGUCAACAAAGCCACUCCCGUCAAAGGCUGCAAAAUCUCCACCCUAGGCAAGGCCAUGGUCACCAUCUCCAACACGGCCAACCUGAGUAGCUGUGAAGGCUACAUCCCCAUGAAGACCAACAUCACGGUCUACCCCUGCAUUGCCAUGAGCCCCCGAAAUGUGCAAGAGUCCGAGUCCUCCACUGCCACCCCAAAGGAAGCCCCCAAAACAGCCCAGUCCCAGGAAAGCAAGGAAGCCAAUGCAAGGAGAGAGAUGAAGUUUGAAGAUCCCUGGCUAAAACGAGAAGAAGAGGUGAAAAAGGAGAGCGCUUACCCCGGUGAGGAAGGGGUGAGGGGCGAGGCAGUCACAAGCUCCCUGACGACUGAAGGUAAGUCAGAACAGGAGCCGAAUGGCAGGCCCAGCUCUGGUGACAGGCUCAGCAGCAGCAGCGGAGAGGCGUCUACCUUGCAGGUGACUGACAACAUCAGGAGAGUUGUGGAUGGCUGUGAGAUGGCCCUGCCUGGCCUGGGGGCCCAAAGUCCCAUACAUUCCAACAAAAACCUCAAGUCAAGCAGCCUCCCAAGGGCAUUUCAGAAAGCUGACAGGCAUGAGGCAUUGGACAGCUUCUACCAUUGCCUGGCAGACAGCAAUGGCUUCAGCGGGGCUCUGGGUAUCCAGUCCUCUAAGACAACACUGGAGAGGAAGGCGGCAUCACCCAAGCAUUGUGUCUUGGCACGGCCCAAAGGGACACCGCCUCUGCCUCCUGUCCGCAAAUCUAGCUUGGAUCAGAAGAACAGGGCCAGCCCUCAACACAGUGGCAGCAGCACCGGCAGCCCACUGAACCAGCCCGCUACCUUCUUGGCUUGCUUCCCUGAUGAGUCCAACAGCAAGACCAAGGAUGCCAGUAGCAGCAGUAAGCUCUUCAGCGCCAAGCUGGAGCAGCUGGCCAGCAGAACCAAUUCUCUUGGCAGGACAACAGUCAGCCACUAUGAAUGCUUGUCCCUGGAAAGGGCGGAAAGUCUGUCAUCCGUCAGCUCCCGCAUGCACGCCAGCAAAGAUAGCACCAUGCCUCGCACUGGCAGGAGCCUGGGUCGCAGCAUAGGGGCCUCACCACCCAGCUGUGGCAUCACCCAGUCUGCAGGGGCCUCUCCCAAGGCCAGCCAGUCUAAGAUCUCGGCAGUGAGCAAGCUCCUGCUGGCCAGUCCCAAAUCUCGCAGCCUGUCCACCUCGACCACCAAAACCCUCAGCUUCUCUACCAAGUCCCUGCCACAGUCUGUGGGCCAGAGCUCCAACCUGCCACCCAGCGGGAAGCACAUGUCCUGGUCCACGCAGUCGCUCAGCAGAAGCCGGGGCUCUGGGCUGGCUUCUAAACUGCCCCUGAGAGCCGUCAAUGGGCGCAUUUCAGAGCUGCUGCAGGGCAGUGCGGGCCCCAGGGGUGCACAGCUGCGGGCAGAGGCAGAGGAGCGCAGUGGAGCUCCCACAGAGGACAAGCCUGCAGCCGCCCACCUUCUGCCCUCACCCUACAGCAAGAUCACCCCUCCUCGGAAGCCUCACCGCUGCAGCAGCGGGCAUGGUAGUGACAACAGCAGCGUCCUGAGCGGGGAGCUGCCGCCUGCCAUGGGGAAGACGGCCUUGUUCUACCACAGCGGCGGCAGCAGUGGCUAUGAGAGUAUGAUGCGGGACAGCGAGGCCACCGGCAGCGCAUCCUCGGCCCAGGACUCCAUGAGUGAGAACAGCAGCUCCGUGGGAGGGAGGUGCAGGAGCCUCAAGACCCCAAAGAAGCGGUCCAAUUCAGGUUCUCAGAGGCGGAGGCUCAUUCCGGCGUUGUCCCUUGACACCCCAUCACCUGUGAGGAAAACUGCCAGCAGCACAGGGGUCCGCUGGGUGGACGGCCCCCUGAGGAGCACCCAGAGGGGGCUUGGGGAACCUUUUGAGAUUAAAGUCUAUGAAAUUGAUGAUGUGGAGAGACUUCAGCGACGAAGAGGGGGAGCUAGCAAGGAGGUCAUGUGCUUCAACGCCAAGCUGAAAAUCCUGGAGCAUCGGCAGCAGAGAAUCGCUGAGGUCCGAGCCAAGUACGAGUGGCUGAUGAAGGAGCUGGAAGCAACCAAACAGUACCUGAUGCUGGACCCCAACAAGUGGCUUCGUGAAUUUGACUUGGAGCAGGUCCUGCAGCUGGAUUCCCUGGAGUACCUGGAGGCCCUGGAGGGCGUGACAGAGCGCCUGGAGAGCCGUGUCAACUUCUGCAAGGCCCAUCUCAUGAUGAUCACCUGCUUUGACAUCACCUCCAGGCGCCGAUAAGGACCAGCGGGCUCCAAGCCGUCAGGCCCUCGCUUCCUAGGACUUCAGCAGGACACCACCCUCCCAGGCCCUCUGUGCUGGCAACGCUCAAGACACUAGGAUGCGGAUGAAGGUUGGUGGCAAGUCUGGAGUGAGCGAGGAGCGAAAGGCGAUGUUUCCUUUGUUUUCUGUAGGGAAGAAAGGUAAAGACACCAACAUGUGGAAGGAGGAAGUGAUGGGAAAACCCGUGGGACUGAGAAAGCACUUUGAGGAACCUUGAAGAACUCUGUACAUAAGGACUGCUAGCCAAGAGAUUCUUACCUUGCAGUCACGAGGAAGGGGAGGGUGAUGCGGGAUUGCCAUUGAAAGCAGAACACCAACAAGACGACCCAGAAUGAUGGAUUAAGUGCCUUGCAAAUCUUUAUGAUUAUCCAAACAUUUGUGUUUGUUCUUUCUUGUGUCCAGAUGGUGCUAGUCAAGAAGAAAUCAACAAAACCCGAAAACUCAACCCAGUUUUUGAAAUGCAUUUGCAGCUUGUUUUCUCUUGGUUCUGACUUGCUGUUUGUUCCCAAGAAGUUGUGUUUGUUGUGCUAUUUCCUAAUCAGUAUUGCAGCUGAAUAAAUGUUAACUGUCUUUCAUGGUUGUUCCAGUAAGGCCACUCAGAACAUGGAGAUUCCAUUGGCAUGAGCCAGUGUGUUUCCCAGGGAGGUUUAGGAGGGCAGGGGACAGAAGACGCCACCUUCUGUGAACAGCAGGUCAGUCAACAGCUCCAGGGUCAGGCAUGGAAUGGGUGCGCAUGAGCAUUAGUGAUGAGGAGGGAUGUCUUUAAGGGGAAGGGUUCAGGGUGACCUGUUCUUCUUUGUUUCAUGUAUCUGUGGCCCUCAAAACAAGUUCAUGCUCCUUUCUAGCCCAAAGCCUAUGAAUGGAAAGGUUGGACAACUUGAGCAGAACCCUUUUUCUUUGUCUUCAUGCAAUAUGGUGUUAUUACACAAGGUGGAGGGUGUCUGUGUUGAGACUCUUGGGCUUACAUGGGUUCAGGGACUUGACAUCCAUUUAGAAAAAGGAAGCUUGGGGUUGGGGUUGCAUAGCUUUUUGUCACCCAGGAUCCUGUCCACUAGCAAGAGGUCAGCUCUCACCUAUCCUAAAGCCUCUGUAGCUUGUUCCUGUGGCCUUGGUGUCCUGAGACACUGAGAGGAAUCACAUCUCUAAAUUCUAGGACCCCAGAUGUGCAGGUCAGAGCUGAAUGAAUGGGGAGACCUAGGUCUUGCUCCCCACUAAAACUGAAGACUUCAUUCUCAGAUUACUCCCCUGCCUUCAGGGUUGUUGGACCAUGUUAGGAACAUAGGUCUGAGGCAUGGAACGGCCAGGCAUUGGCUGACCAUAGGCUGCUGGAAAAACUGAGCAUCCCAGGAGAACCAAGAAUUUUCUCUCCAGGAGCCUACACAGUCUGCCUGUGUAUAUACAUGCUCAGGGGUUUUGGAAAGAGGACUUUGCAUCCACGCCCUCUCACUAACCAACUCCUUGAAUGCAGGUGCUCCCCAAAGAGAAAGAACUUUGUAUUUCUGGACCAGCCCUUUCUCUGGACACAUGUAUCCCAGCGCAGCGUGGUAUGUGGCCAACAGAACACACCACAUAGAAGCUGCGGUCACGUGAGUGCCAUGGCACCUGAUCCUUUACCCAGAACAUGGUUCAGAUGAGACCACCAGCUUGACUGUUCUAGAGGUCAGCCUUGUGAAUCGAAAGCCAGCCCCAUGGGUCACACAUUCCUUAAGAGCUGACUCUUAUGAAGAGAGGUCCCAAGCUGCUGGCUGAAUGGUCUGAGCUCUGGAAUAGCACAUUUCCCCCUCUGUCUCCUGGGGAAGCAGGGCCUCCCCAGAUCUUCCACAGCUCCUCCCCAGUGCCAUUCUCCAGGAGUCCUGGGCUCAGGGCCGAGCUCAGCCUCCUAACACGUGUGCACGGCCUGCUUAACAGCAAUGUUCUUGGAAGCUUCUGGACUCAUAGGGAUGCCAAUACUAUGAACAUCUGUUUUGAUUGCUGGCUUCAAAUAUACUUCUGUGUUUUGUUUUUCAUGAAAGGCCUUGGUUUGGGAAAGAUUUUAAAAGAGAGCAUGUCUGGAUGUCUUUUCCCUUCUCCAGAGCAGGUUCGUUUGAUUAGUAUCUAUGAGCUUGGCUUUAGUCCCUGCUGCCUUUUCCCUCAACCCUGAGGUCACUGGGCCUCGGGGACUCCUUUCGCUGGCCACCAACAGAGCCCAGUGCCUUUGCUGGAGUGAGACCAGGCUGACUCAUCCGCAGAGAGCAGACUCUCAGUCAGCAGGUUCUCUUGGGGGAGAGGCCCUCAGCUGCCUCCCAUGAAGACCUGUUUGCAUACAUUCCAAGCAACUUCGUGCCACAGCACUGGUGGCUUGGCGGUGUCCCUAGGGUUCUUUCACCGAGCCAGGUAUGCCUUCUAGGAGGCCACAUCCACAUGGCAGGGCAUCCCCCAGGACCUACCAGGGUGUGGUGCAGGGAGAUAUUGGGUGAAAUAGUGUGUAGCUCUUGUUCGUUCUCAUAUCCUGUCCCCCUCCAAAGUAAACUGUGAACAUCUCGAUCUACCGCAUGGCAUUGCAUUAUCUUAACUGAUAACUUGUGGAGAAUCCCUGCCUCCCAUGAUGCACCUGCUUCUGGCCCUGCCUAUGAGCUGCCUGUGGGAACGCAAAUCUUUAGGCACAAAGAAGUAGGCCUACCAUCUCAGCCAGUGCCGCUGGGAGGCCAAAGGGAGGGCACAAGAGGGCAAAGGGGACGUCAAGAAACUCACUUCUAUUUCAUCAUCUGUCCAUAGAAGGGCAGGAAUUGUUUCUUUAAAAUGAAUAUUUAGGCACAUAGGCCUUACUUAAAUUCUGUCCAUCACCAACCCCCCCCCCCCCCCCAACUUUAGCCCUGCUUCAACGAAUUUAAUGUGAGGUAGAAGCGUUUGCAGCCAGGUAAAACUGGAAGAAAAAAAUAAAACAAAAUAUUUGAGUAAAAAUCUGAAACAGGGGCAUCAUUCUCCCAGGACCGGCAACCACCCUUAGUUCAUCUCAUCUGGGGGUGGGGAGGGGUGCUGCUGCUCCCAGGGAGCCUGCAUUGCUGCUUUGUCUUGGCUUUCAAGGCCCCCCUCAGAGCUGGAGGCUUUGAUCUCCUCGAACCCUCCUGAACACCCCCAGGAAGCCGUCUCUCACUUUCAUCUCAGCAGAGUUGAAUCUGGCAAGUAUGAUUUCAACUCCAAUUGCUGUUCUGAACACUGGGAGAAAUGCAGAGGUGGGGCCCCUAGUGCUGCAGCAAUGACCCCCAGCCAUGACCUCCAAGCAGGAGAAGGGCUCCUGAGCUAGAGCCUGGAGUAAAGACCACCAUACACAGUCCCAGGAAAAAGGCAGGGGGUGGGCAGCGGAAAUGUUCAACAGGCAGGAACCAGGUCCCAUUUGUCAGGACUCAGCCUAAAGCUUGGGGCCUUGUGUCCAGGAAGGAGCACUCAGACUGUAGGGAGCCGCUUCAAAAGGACCUACACACUCAGGGCGUGCUUGAUUUCCAUUCUAGCCAGAAAAGCAUCUGGGCAUGGACCCCAGGUCUAGGGCACAGCCACCUUCUCUGGCCUUCAGAUUCUCAUUAAUUUGAGCUCAUUCACAGCACCUCCCUGGUAGAUUUGUAUUUUGAAGCUGCUGUCUGACCUUGACUUCCCCAUAGAAAAGGUGAGGUUGGCAAGAGCCCACAAUUUGCCCAGUACAAACAUGGCCUUUGCUGAUCUGUAAUUGAGCCCUGAGCCCGAAGUGACUGCUUUUUGGGGUUCCUUAUUCCAUCAAGAAUUCUGGUCUGUAAAAGAAAUUACUCAAAACGAGUUCCUUCCAGAAUUGAAAACAGAUUUCCCAAAUGUUGUUCUUUCCUUGGACAUAAUGCAAAAACAUUUCCUUCCUUUUAGGGGAGUUUAUCUUUGAACCCCAAAGCCGGGGCCCAUUAGGAACAGGUUGAAAACCCUGUGUUCUAGGAGUUGAAGCUGACAAAGCCGUCCACUGCCAUUGCCCCUGGAACAUCCCUGCCACCGCCUACCAGCUUGGCCCAGCUUUCCACAUUGAAAGAGGUGUCCUCAGUGCUAACACACGUGGGACAGCCCCACAGUGGGAGAGGUCGGCCCAGCUCGCUGGUCUCCAUGCCAAGCUAAACUGUGGAAGGAAAGUUUCACAGACAUGAUUGGUAAAUGGGUCUGCUUUUUUUUUUUUUUGAAGUGACAGAAACACAGCAUUCUUUUACAUCCCACAGAAUACCUCUCUCGUCUUCUGAACAAUAUCUGUAACCACUUUAUGGCAUUACAAAGCUGUUCGUAAAACAAUGUAUAAACUGUAUCCUUUAGCCAUCUUCCUGGUGUGUCAGACAGAACAUAUUUCGAAAUGACAAGUUCUGCGUCAUUUCCAUAAGAAUAAAAGCAGAAUUCUAACCCAGGAAACUCUCUUAAAUCCUAUAUAUCCUCUCAAAAAAAAAAAAAAGCUUUUUUGAAAAUUCCUAUGAGUUAUUUACCCAUCCCUAAACAAACAUAUUCUACUCGGGGUGGGGAUGGGGGAACGUAUGCAAGACCUGAACUGACGUCACAGUGUUGGACACAGUGUGGCACUGUGGGUAGGGCUCAGGCCUAACAUUCUCCACAUACAGCAAUUUCCGGUGUCACAGUUGUGGGAGCAAGCGUUCCAAUCCCAGAGUCACGCAUUCGUUUUAGGUUCAUUAGAGUGGCCUUCCCCAGAGAAGUCAUCCUGUCUCUGCUCUCCACACUGCCAGCCUCCUGCAUUGCCAGGCUUGGUUUGCAGCUCCACCAUCCUUGGUUUUCUCCUCAGAAUUGUCCGUAGCACCGCCCGUGUUUCUGGAUCUAUGUAUGUACCCCGGUCAAGAACGCCCUCCAUGUUCUGAGUUGGAGCAUGUGCUUGCUCAGUCUGUGUUUGUCUUCUUCUGUUUUCUUUACUCCAGCAAAAUCUAUUAGCAGAGACAUGGGCCAGGGAAGGGCCAGGGGUGGGACGUCCUCCUCCAAGUGCAGAGCUUUGCUUGGCUGUCUCUCUAGUAGGCAGCCAAAGAGAUUGAGACCAAGUUCUUCCUUUCAAGCUGGCGUGGUGACGAAGUUGGAAAGCAGGUUCCCUGGGCCUCAAUAGCAGAGGAUCCAGCAGCCUCCUCCAACUGGGUCCCCACACAGCUCCUGAGGAAAGUGCUGACAGUAUUGUUUUACUCAUCCCCGAAAUCCCCAAGAGGUCCUCUCUUUGGAUAGAUGUUGUAACGAUCUAUUUGUUAAAGAAACCAAAGCACUUUAGUGAGUCUUACAACCCAUAAAACGUAUGGCAUGUGUCCCCUCGCUGGAUCUCUGAAAGGCAGAGGGGGGCUUGGGCCAGUAGUCUCAUUUGAGAGGCAGUUAGAACUGGGAGGAAAAGCAUGGAGCUAGGAGGCGGGGAGCCAGGGCUACAGCUGGUGCCAUCACUAGCCAUAAACCUUGGGUAGGCUGCUGCAUUCUUCUGGGCCUCAGGUCCCCCUGUAUUAGGCAGUGUGUGGGGGAGCCAUAAAAGCUGCCCUCCUGGGAUAGUUGGGAAGGGAAGGGAUGGUGUAGCUGGUGGCACAUGGUUUGGAAGCUCUCCCCGGCGUGGGGAAGGACAUAUAUAGAUGAAGAAAAUGACAUCCACAGUCACUAACUGGCCCGGGUCACAGAAGAGACUCACAGCAGACCUGGGACAUGAACCCAGAUGCCUGGACUCUCUCUGUUAGACCAUCUGACACCCAGAGGGUGCACAUGAACACACACUGCUCCUCUGUGCCAGUACGUGUACAUAUGGGUGUGUCUGUGCAGAACACACGUAACGCAGAUGAGGGGCCUCAGACAAAAGCCCCGAGUCUAAUUCCGUUGUCAACAGUAGACUUACCUAUGGCCUGGGACACACAAGCAACGCUUCCGGAACUCGGAUUUUCUAAGUUGUAAAAUGAGGACAUUGUGGUACAGGAUCUUUGCCGUUCUUCCAGCUCUGGCUAUGAGAGUCCACAUGAGUGAUGUAUGUAUGUAUAUAGCGAUAUGCUUAUCUGUAGAAAUGGGCCCAUUGGGGAAUUGGAGACAAGGCCUGCUCAAGUGCAUUCAUUGUAUCAGAAUUGGCAACUUCACAAGUCCAUACGCCUUCAUUUUAAGUCAGAUGUUUCAAAGUCACUGUUUUAACUGGGUAGAGGAUUGGUGCUGUUUUAAAAAUUAAGUUCUUAGCUCUCGAGUGUUUGCUGUUAAUUUUUCAAACACGGUCAUUUGUUCAAUAGUCGAAAUUUUAACUCUUCUGCCUUGGGCAGGUCCCCAGCAGUCUGUAUGCAGGCUGGGUUUUGUGUGUGGGCUUUUACAUAACUAUAUAAAAGUUAGCUGUUGGCUUGCUUAUGGUAAAUAUGAACAGACUGUCUGGAGAACAGUACAGAAAAGAAUUGAAUUCUAUAGUCUCAUCAGCUGGUGACACGAAACCGUGAAGCUCUGUGCGAUUUCCUGGUGUGAAGAUGUUGUUUGCUGGCUACGGUCUCUGACUUUGUGGCUCAUGAGGUAUAAAAUGUUGUAAAAAAAAAAAAAAUCUGGUGUUUAAAAAAAUCAAACUAUGGUGGCAUUAAAUGUUC